GUCAUGAUAAGGACAGCGGAAGUUAAUGGAGCGACUUGUCACUAUUUUCCUAUUGGUGCUGGGAGGUUGCGCGGCGUCGAAUUACCAUUGUCGCCAAGAAGCCGACCUGUGUGAUGAAGAAGAAUAUCAUAUUGCUUGCUAUAUUCAUGGCUUUGAUACUCAAAUAUGCGGUGAUGAUGCUGUGCUUUUAAAAUUAUCACCAAGCACAAGGGAUUUAAUUGUACGAGAGCAUAAUGUGUACAGGAACACUGUGGCAAGUGGAAAGCUGCGGGGACUGCCAAAGUCUGGAUAUAUGAUUGCUUUCAGUUGGGAUACAGAGCUGGCCACGAUAGCUGAGCUGAAGGCAAAAACCUGCACCUUAAAAAGACCAGACUAUGAGUUUUGCUUAGCAACCAACAGGUUUUCAAUGCCUGGCUACAACGCGGCCUUCAACAUAUUUAAUGGCGAACAGGACGAACUGAAAAUUAUACGUGCACAGAUUAGAUCUUGGUAUAACCGGUAUAGAUACACCACUGUCAGGAGCUUAGCCACUGGUGAAGGUUCUGGAGGAAAAGACAUUUCACAUUUUCUUCAACUGAUAUUUGGAUACUCCAAUGCAAUCGGCUGCGCAAUUGUCAGAUUCUCUACGAAGAGGAAAACCGUGCAAAUGAUGUACUGCGUCUAUGGAUGUAACAGAUUUGGAUGCGGAUUCACUUAUAUUCUUGGAAGGCGAGCUGCGGACGGAUGUAGAACUGGUAUAGAUUACGAAUUUAAAUUUUUGUGCAGUAAAGCUGAAUUUGUGGAGAACUGUGAAUAUAACGAAUAUUGUGAAGUGCCAUAUUUAUAUGAAGAUUAUAUGAGUUCAAACCACGAUGUGGAUUUGUCGCAAGACCCGAUUCCAAUCCCAUCCAAAAGGAGGAAGAGGCCCCAGCAGCAGCAGGAGGCGAUGUAUUCGGAAGACUCUGACGAUUGGGAAUCGCUCUUAGAAUAAAGUACAAAAUUCUUGUAUUUAUUAAUUUAUCUUGUAUUCAAAUAUGAGAGAGUGUAUUGUGUGAGCAUUACAGAAAUACGUGUAUGUGUA